GCGCAGGCGCGGUGGAGUGACGGCGGUCAUGGCGGGUCUUGUGGACUUUGAGGAUGAGGAGCAGGUUGCCUCUUUCCUUGAGAACAUGAAGGUAGAGUGUCACUACCAAUGCUACAAGGAGAAGGACCCGGAUGGUUGCUACAGGCUGGUAGAUUAUCUAGAGGGGAUACAGAAGAACUUUGACGAGGCAGCCAAGGUAUUGAAGUUCAAUUGUGAAGACUACCACCACAGCGACAGCUGCUACAAACUGGGAGGUUAUUAUGCAACAGGGAAAGGAGGAUUAACCCAAAACUUGAAAAGUGCCUAUGACUGUUUUUUAAAGGCUUGUGAGAAACCUGGGAAGAAGUCAAAAAAUGCUUGUCACAAUGUUGGACUGCUGAUCCAAGAUGGGCGCGUCAUUGACGGCAAGGCUGACCUGGCGCGAGCCCGAGACUACUAUACAAGGGCUUGUGAUGUCAACUAUGCUCCUAGCUGCUUCAAUCUCAGUGCCAUGUACCUCCAGGGAUCCCCGAGUGUCCCCAGGGACAUGGACCUGGCUUUGAAAUACUCUCUGAAAGCCUGUGACCUAGGUCACAUCUGGGCCUGUGCGAAUGCCAGCCGCAUGUAUAAACUGGGAGAUGGGGUCACUAAGGAUGAUUCUAAGGCCGAGGCCCUCAAGAGCAGGGCCCAGCAGCUCCACAAAGAACAGCAAAAAGGCAUCCAGCCCAUGACAUUCGGGGUGUGAGGUGAUCAGCCUGUUUCCUCCCUCCUUUGGCUACAUAUGGACUCUUUCACAGGGAUACACCUUUGACGAUGAAAUGUGGGGGCAAGAAAAACCUAUGGUGUGUUGGUCGUUGGUAUUACUUGUACCAGGUGCUGUAGUCUGUUGCCUGUGAGAUAUUUCUUUAAAAUAUCUAAAUCAAUACAUGUACCAUGGAGGCUGUGUUCUACCCACCUCCCCCAAAGUAGAGGAACUGGAGAGUCACAGAGUGCUGGGAGGCAGGGAGAUAAGUUAACCAGAGAGGCCCAGGGAAUCAUGGAAGCAUCUCACAAAGUGCUUCUUGGGGCAUGGGUGUGGGUGUGGGUGUAUGGGUGUAUGGGUGUAUGGGUGUGGGUGGGGCCAAGUCCACAUACUUGCCUGGGUUUGUAUGGUUUCUUUUGGGGGAAAUUUUCUUUGUGUGAACUUGAAAAUCAUGAGGUGCUCCCCAUUCCCCAAGUGAGCCUUCUUUGUGCCCGUCUGUCUUUUGUUGUCUGUCAGUCAUUGCAGCUGUAAUUAUUUUCACCUCCUAGAAUGAUUUUUUGGAAAAUAUUAAUGAUGUUCAGAAGUGAUAUGCGUUCUAAAGAGUUACCGACCGUUGUCAUGCAGGUUUGAGAAUAAGGACAGAAGAUGUCCUGGCCCACACAGGGCUGAAGUUAAGUGAAACUGGUGUUCCAAAUUGCCCAUCUGCCUUAAAUGUGCGCGCCCUAGAUUAUUGGGUGUGUAGAGAAAUCCAUGAAAUGUUCUAAAGCAAAAGAUUGUAAUGUUUGAACUGAGCCUUUGGAAUUGCGUUGUGAAUAAAUUAAUUUAAUUCA